AUGAAGAAGGGUGUCCCGUUUGUAUGGGAUGAGGCCUGCAAGAAUGCAUUCCAAAGCAUCAAGUCCAAUUUAAUGAAGCCACCUGUGCUGACUGCUCCAAUUCCAGGACGCUCGCUGAUCCUUUACAUCUCCGCCCAAGAAAGCUCUGUGGGUGCUUUACUUGCACAAGAGAAUGAUAAUGGGAAAGAAAAUGCCCUUUAUUAUUUAAGUAGAAUGAUGACGCCAAAUGAGCUCAAAUAUCUGCCAAUUGAGAAGUUGUGUCUAGCCCUUGUAUUCGCCAUCAGAAAGCUCAAGCAUUAUUUUGAAGCACAUACAAUUCGACUAGUGUCCAAGAAGUCCAUCAAGUGGCAAGCCUUAGCGGAUUUCCUAGCUGAUCAUCCAAUUCUUGCUGAAUGGGAGCUGUCCAGUGACCUACCUGAUGAGGAUGUGCUUGUGGUUGAAGUUUUACCUCCAUGGAAGAUGUACUUUGAUGGAGUGGCACACAAAGAGGGGGCAGGCGCUGGAGUUGUCUUUGUUACGCCUGAAGCAGAAGUGCUUCCUAAUUCAUUUACCUUGACGGAACGCUGCUCGAACAAUGUUGCCGAGUAUCAAGCACUCAUUUUGGGACUUGAAAUUGCAGCUGAUAUGAAGCAGCUAAGGGUUAAUAUAUAUGGGGACUCCAAACUGAUUGUCAACCAAGUACUUGGGGUUUAUGAAGUAAAAAAGCCAGAGUUGAUUCCAUACAACAGUUACGCAAAGAUGCUCCUGCAUUGGCUAGGAGAUGCUACGAUUGAACACAUCCCGAGGAAACAGAAUAAGCAAGUCGAUGCCCUAGCUGCUUUAGCUUCAACUGUAUCCCAUCCUAUAAAUGAGGCUCAGUUGCGCGUGUGCCAAAAAUGGGUGGUCCCUCCAAUCUUCGAAGACGAUGACUCUCUUGAAGACAUUGUUGAACUCCCGACUGCUUCUGUCUGUGAGGUAGAUAAAGAGGAUUGGAGGCAAUUAUUGAUUGACUACCUUGUUGAUGGGAAGUUACCUCAAGACCCUCGUAGGAGGGUAGAUGUAAGACGUCGAGCUCCUCGCUUCAUAUAUUUCAAGGAUGCGCUAUACCAGCGCUCGUUUGAUAGUGUGUUUCUUCGAUGUUUAGGUGACGAGGAAGCUUUACAAGCGAUGGAGGAACCUCACUCUGGAGUGUGCGGUGCUCAUCAGUCUGGUCCUAAGUUACAUUUUCACAUCAAAAGGAUGGGUUAUUACUGGCCUACGAUGGUGAAGGAUUGCAUAGACUAUGCACGUAGAUGUCAAGCAUGUCAAUUCCAUGCGAACUUUAUCCAUCAACCUCCUGAACCGCUACAUCCGACAGUAGCAUCUUGGCCAUUUGAUGCAUGGGGCCUCGAUGUGGUUGGUCCUAUUACACCCAAGUCAUCAGCAGGGCAUUCGUAUAUAUUAGCAGCCACCGAUUAUUUCUCAAAGUGGGCUGAAGCAGUGGCUUUAAAAGAGGUGAAGAAGGAAAAUGUUGCAGACUUCAUCCGAGUGCACAUUAUCUAUCGUUUGGCAUCCCUCGGUGGUGUCGAAUCGAAGUCAAAAUGUGAUUGGCAAGAGAGGAUGGAAGAAGUACUGUGGGCAUACAGAACUACAUACCGUACACCAACACAAAGCACUCCAUACUCGCUGGUUUAUGGGGUUGAAGCAGUUUUGCCUCUUGAACGCCAAAUACCUUCUCUAAGGUUAGCUAUCCAAGAAGGCCUUACAGACGAGGAUAAUGUAAAGUUGCGGUUGGCAGAGUUAGAAGCUCUCGACGAGAAGAGGUUACAGGCUCAACAAAGUCUAGAAUGCUAUCAAGCUCGAAUUUCUAGAGCUUUCAACAAGAGGGUGAGGAUUCGCUCAUUUCAGGUUGGUGACAAGGUGUUGGCAGUUCGUAGACCUAUCAUUAUUACAAGGAAAACUGGGCACAAGUUUACUCCAAAAUGGGAUGGACCUUACGUGGUACAAGAAGCAUACUCAGGAGGUGCUUACAAGCUAAUUGAUGAAGAUGGUGUGCGAGUUGGCCCUAUUAACGGGAAAUUCUUAAAGAUCUAUCAUCCCUAA